AUGGGCAAUUUACCUAAGGCCAGAGUAGAUGGAUCUCCGGCCUUUGAUCACACCGGUGUUGACUUCUUUGGGCCCAUGCUCAUUAAAGAAAAGAAAAAUCGAAAUAAGUCCUUCCUAAAGGUCUACGGUAGUGUUUUUAUCUGUUUAGCUUCAAAGGCCGUUCACAUCGAACUCGUAUCAGAUUUGUCUACUGAAGGUUUUUUGAUUGCUUUCCGUCGGUUUGUCUCACGUCGAGGCAUACCAAGUAAUGUGUACUCGGAUAACGGCACCAAUUUCAUAGGUGCAGACAGACAGCUUCAGGAACUUUACGACCUUUUCGAGAAACCCGAAUUUCGCGAAAGGGUGGGCGAACAUGCUAUCGCGAAAAGAGUCAAAUGGCAUUUCAACCCUCCCUUGUCGCCUUACUUUGGAGGUCUUUGGGAGGCAGCUGUAAAGAGCUUUAAACACCAUCUUAAAAGGAUAAUAGACAAACAACUUACGUUUGAACAACUAGAAACACUCUUAAUCGAAAUUGAAGCGAUAUUAAAUUCGCGACCUUUAUGUGCUCUUUCAGCUGACCCCAAUGACCCACUAGCUAUUACACCUGCACAUCUUUUAAUCGGACGCCCAUUCAAUGUCUUACCCGAGGAAUCUUUGAUUUCAGUUCCAAGCAAUCGUCUGUCGACUACUAACUUCAUGACCCAGGCCCGACAAACCUUCUGGAUGAAGUGGCAUCGGGAAUAUCUCCAUGAGAUCCAAUUACAACAAAAAUGGCAUACGUCAAACUCAGAAAUUAAACCUGGACUGGUUGUUCUCAUGAUGGAUGACCUAACACAUUGUGCAAGGUGGCCACUGGGCGUAAUCCUCGAGGUCUUUCCUGGGAGUGACGGCAUCGCUCGAGUAGCUUCUGUAAAAACUACAUCUGGAGUCUACAAGCGCAAUAUUACUCGAUUAUGUAUCUUACCGACCAAACAAGAGAAUAGUUCCCCUAUAGUUCCUCAACAACUUCCAAAUUCUAAUCGUUGA